GGUUGGAACUUCCCAGCCAAUGCUGGCAUGGCUAUCCACUACAGUUCUUGGUUGCAAUGGCUGUGUUUUGUCUAGAAAAUAAGUCAUAGCUCUUCUUCCUAUCUUCUGGCUCUUACAUUCUUUACAUUCCUCUUCCACAGUGCUUCCUGAUUCUUAGAGGUAUUCGAGAAGGAAUGAACACUCAACUAUACUUAUCAGCAUCAUAUACAGCCAUGAGUCUAUAUUCACCAACAUCCCCUCGAAAGAGUCUCCUCCGAUUAAGGCUGAGAGUAGCAGUUGUCUGUGGGUACAUGGAUAAUGCCUUUCUUACCUGCUGCACAGUAACUGGAGACUAAAUGCUUAACCAGUCCACUUGAGUAUGGUCUGAAUAUGCGUUGUUUGGCAGCUCGGGUCAACUAUAAGACUUUGAUUAUCAUCUGUGCGCUAUUCACCUUGGUCACAGUACUUUUGUGGAAUAAAUGUUCCAGCGACAAAGCAAUCCAGUUUCCUCGGCACUUGAGCAGUGGAUUCAGGGUGGAUGGAUUAGAAAAAAGGACAGCAGCAUCUGAAAGUAACCACUAUGCCAACCACAUAGCCAAACAGCAGCCAGAGGAGGCAUUUCCUCAGGAGCAACAAAAGGCACCCCCUGUCGUCGGGGGCUUCAGUAGCAAUGGGGGAAGCAAGGUGUUGGGGCUUAAAUAUGAGGAGAUUGACUGCCUCAUCAAUGAUGAACACACAAUCAAAGGGAGACGAGAAGGGAAUGAAGUUUUUCUUCCAUUCACUUGGGUAGAGAAAUACUUUGAUGUUUACGGAAAGGUGGUCCAGUAUGAUGGCUAUGAUCGAUUUGAAUUCUCUCAUAGCUAUUCCAAAGUCUAUGCACAGAGAGCCCCUUACCACCCUGACGGUGUGUUUAUGUCCUUUGAAGGCUACAAUGUGGAAGUCCGAGACAGAGUCAAGUGUAUAAGUGGAGUUGAAGGUGUGCCAUUAUCUACACAAUGGGGACCUCAAGGCUAUUUCUACCCAAUCCAGAUUGCACAGUAUGGGCUAAGUCAUUACAGCAAAAAUCUAACCGAGAAACCCCCUCAUAUAGAGGUAUACGAGACAGCAGAAGACAGGGACAGAAAUGUCAGACCUACUGAAUGGACCGUGCCCAAGGGGUGCUUCAUGGCAAGUGUGGCUGACAAGUCUAGAUCCACCAAUGUUAAACAGUUUAUUGCUCCAGAAACCAGUGAAGGUGUGUCUUUACAGCUGGGAAACACAAAAGACUUCAUUAUUUCAUUUGACCUCAAGCUCCUAACAAAUGGGAGUGUGUCUGUGGUUCUGGAGACCACAGACAAGAAUCAGCUCUUCACUGUGCAUUAUGUCUCAAACACCCAGCUAAUUGCUUUUAAAGACAGGGACAUAUACUACGGCAUUGGGCCCAGAACUUCGUGGAGUACAGUUACCAGAGACCUGGUCACUGACCUCAAGAAAGGAGUGGGUCUUUCCAACACAAAAGCUGUCAAGCCAACCAAAAUCAUGCCCAAAAAAGUGGUUAGGUUGAUUGCAAAAGGGAAGGGCUUCCUGGACAACAUUACCAUCUCAACCACAGCCCACAUGGCUGCAUUCUUUGCUGCUAGUGACUGGCUAGUGAGGAACCAGGAUGAGAAAGGUGGCUGGCCAAUUAUGGUGACUCGGAAGUUAGGGGAAGGGUUUAAGUCUUUAGAACCAGGGUGGUACUCUGCUAUGGCACAAGGGCAGGCCAUCUCUACAUUAGUCAGGGCCUAUCUUCUAACAAAAGACCAUAUAUUCCUCAAUUCAGCUUUAAGGGCAACAGCCCCAUACAAGUUUCUGUCAGAGCAGCAUGGAGUUAAAGCCGUGUUCAUGAAUAAACAUGACUGGUAUGAAGAAUAUCCAACUACACCUAGCUCUUUUGUUUUAAAUGGCUUUAUGUAUUCUUUGAUUGGACUGUAUGACCUAAAAGAAACAGCGGGGGAAAAGCUUGGGAAAGAGGCAAGGUCCUUGUAUGAGCGUGGCAUGGAAUCUCUUAAAGCCAUGCUGCCCUUGUAUGAUACUGGCUCUGGAACCAUCUAUGACCUUCGCCACUUCAUGCUGGGCAUUGCUCCCAACCUGGCCCGCUGGGACUAUCACACCACCCACAUCAACCAGCUGCAGCUGCUCAGUACCAUCGAUGAGUCACCAAUCUUCAAGGAAUUUGUCAAGAGGUGGAAAAGCUACCUUAAAGGCAGCAGGGCAAAGCACAACUAGAGCUUGAAACCAAAAGCACGUUCCAGCCUCUUCUGAACUCCCGCGCACCGCACAUUUAAGAUGGUGUGUGUCCGGGGUUUGUGGGUCACAGCAACGUGAGAAGAGACCCUUAAAGUUAGUCUUCUGAAACAAUUGCAUUCCAUGGGUCAGGUGCUUAGAAAUGUUUAGUUGGUUCGCUGAACAAAUAUGUGAUUUCUGCCCUGCUCAUCACUUAGGCCUCCCUGCAGAGUCCUUUGCAGUCUGUGAAAGAAAACGGUAAGUCGCCGCUGCUAGCCUGCUGCCCAGCACUUACCUAAAUCUUAGUAUGGAGUGCUUUUAAAAUGUGAUUAUUUAUAUUUAUGCUGAAUGCAGGCUUUUAGAAAACAGUGUGCUGUACUGCAGUAAAUGUGCGUAUAGCCUGGGUCGUGAACUGUGUAUUUUCAGUGUUUCUUUCCUGUAGGUUCAUUUCUUGGGAGGGAGUGAGCAUUUGUUGCAUUUGUUCAUUUAUAUAUGGAAAAUAUUUUGAAUUAUGGUUUUCUUGAACUAUGUAUAUUUAAACAGCCUGUGUUCAGGUCUCAUGGUCACAUAACAUAAGCACAACUAAAAUGAAACUUGUUGACUGCACAAGAAAUUACAGACAUGCUGUUUUAUGAAACUUGAUCUACAAUCGGUAGAAAUUUGAUAAUCAUCUUCCCACCUUUGCUCCCAAUGCACUGUCUUUGUCACUGUCUAGAACAUUGCAUUGCAUUUCAUACUACACCUUGGUAGUUUUGUCCAUUUGAGGACAUUACCCAGAACAUUAAUUAUAAGUCUAAAUUUGUGACAGACCUAAUGAUUUGAAGCCUACCGUCGGUCCCUUUUAGGACUUCCCCCCCCCCUUAAAGACAAUUACUGGGUUAAAUGGUAUGUUCAGGAGUCACGGUAAAGCUUGUCCUGCCUGGAUUGUCACUUUUACAUCACUGCUGCUGUCCUCAUUGCAUUGUUUCUCUGAAACUUAAUUUGAAUGAUUCCAGCACUGAAACAGAAGAGAUGCUCCUGUGUCUGCUGUUCUCUGCAUCAGAUCUAUGCCAUGGGCAGUGUCUGCUGUAGGGCUUCAGGCAUUAGCUAAAAACAACAAGGAUUGGGUUUGCUCUGGUUUGUGUUUAUGGUGUGAUAAUAUGGAGAUAGUUAGGAACACUAUCUCACACUUUCUAGGGACAAACAAUGGAGCUUAUCCAUGCUACCUGUCAGAUGCACCUUUAAGAGCCAGGUGGAUGAUUUGCCUCCACAUUGGACUUCCUUUGAAUUCAGCUACCAAGUACUGUUGAAACUGGAAUAUAUAUAUUCCAUAUACAUAUAUUUAUAUGUAUAUGAGAUGCAUAUAUAUGUAUUAGAUGCAUAUACACCCAUACAUAAAUGAUACAUAUAUAAAGUAUAUUGGCAUCAAAGGAGACUGGAAGAUCUGUACUAAAGAUAAAAGCAAUAUUAAAUUGUUGAAAAACAAGUAUAAACUCCCAGUUUAUAUGACCACACCUUAAUUUUGCCUACAACGAAACCAGUGUGGUCGUUAGGUUCCCCAGCUUUUACCUUUGUGGUUUUCACACACGUAUUUUAGCAAUGUCUGGACAUGCACAUUUGUCUCAGCAAUAGAAAUGAGGACUCCCUUUUUAUUUUCAGUACUGGUGUUCAAAGCAAGCCUCCCCACCUAGGAACACUGUUCCCUCUAUUAGAUGUGUUACCAGAGUGAUCCCGACUUUGCUUUAUGUUUGCAUACUGGUCUUCAGAUGAGAGGGGUCAGUGAAAUCAUUACGGUACUGCUUUCGUGACAAACACCAGUGCCUUUACCAAUGUGGCUGUCCUUUUCCACUGAAGAGGGAUGGUUGGUUUGGUUUGUUUAUGGUGUAGACAUGGCAGUUUGCUGCUGUUGCUUUUCCACUGCCUUCCACAUUGCAACAGCGACUUGUCUUGUGAUCCCAGAUUCCCUGAGAGGUCACAUUGAGCCUGUGGCAGCACUGUCAGUGCUUGGCUUCCCAGAUUGAAGAUGCCUCUGUCACCCGGGAGUUUACAGCAUGAGACUCUGGGUGUGCAGGAAGUCUGCCUGCAAAGUGGGAUCCACAGCAUGUCUGACAGAUGGGGUGACGCUGCUUCGGGAGAUCUGGGCAUAUGUAGAGCGCUGCCUGGGACCCAUGCAUUUUUGCCUCUAGAAAACUACCAAGUUUCCUAGGUUUUUAAAUCACGUAAAUGUUUACGUAUCCUGAGUAUAGAGAGAAUGGGAAGGGUAUUUUAAGUUUUUGUUGUUUCUUUAAAUUUUUCUUUAAAAAUAUCGGUUUGAUUCACUUACCUGAGUUAGCUUCCAUGUUGAAUCUAUUGCCACUUCAGUAGUAAAACCAGCCAAAAGUUUCUAGACAAAGGGCAGGUUUGACUCUCUAGGAGUUACUGUAUAUAACAGCUUCAUCAAGAGCCACGCAGCAUCCUGAGCAAGUGCAGAAAUGGCACAAGCACGCUCUGCAGAUGUGGCGGGACUCAUCUUUUUUGGUGUACAGACUCUCACCAAAAGCUGCUGGUUUUGUCCUUGUCCUUGUUCCCUUGCUUCUCCUCCAUUGUACAUGUGGGUAUAUGCCAUGUGUCAAAUAUGCAAUAACGUGUUUACCGGAUGCCCUUCCAAAGGGUGGUCCUCUGUAAAGCUGUACAGACUUUGCAGUCCAAGCACAAUGUGCACAUGUUAGUUUUAUAUACAGCGAAACUUGAUUUUUUCAAAUGGAAAGGUAUUUUGUUUCUAUACAAAGUUAAAUGGGUUGUUUGUGCUUAAUGUAAAGCUGCUUUAUAAAAUUGUAAAAUAAAGUUUUUAUCUUGAAAAGAAA